UAAUUCUUGUGUAUUGACACUGGAUGAGAAAUCAUUGUUAACACAUGAAGGGAGUUAGUUUUACUUGAGGAACAGCCAACAUCAAAGGAGAAAAGUCAACAAUAGAACAUGGGUGUGAUAAAGUGCACACCUUGAUGCAGGUGUGCUCUUAUGGCAAGGGUGAAAAUCAGAACGUGAACAAUAAUGGCCCGUAGUUCAUGGUUUCUGCUUUAUGUCUGUGUGUGCUCACUCCCAACGUAUGCAGAAAACUGCACAACCAGCUCUGAUUGCACGGGCUUCAAGUCCGAUUGCUCGGACACAGGCGUGUGCAAAUGUGAUGAAGGGUUCACGAAGCUCAGAUCUCAUCCACAGGAAUGCAAGCAGGAUAACUGCAGUAUAACAAGCUGCCUGCUAUGUGACGAUGUGAUAGCUGGCCUGUGCAAUAAGUGUGUCUACUUCCUGUCACAUGACCGUAAGCAGUGCCUGAUAGAAUGUCCCGGGGGAAGAUCCAAGUUUCAGCAACCACCCGUGUUGAGUCCCGUCUGCUCAGGUAAAGAAGACAUAGUUCAGGAAAUUGUAGAGAAUGGCUUAAGUACAGAAGUGGUUAUCGGAGUUAUAGCGGGUGUGUCGGGGGCACUGCUGCUGUGUGUUGUCAUCCUCAUCGCCUAUUGUAUACACAUACGCCGUACCAGAAGAAACGUAAAUCUAAAUGAGACGCAUUAUGUGGCUGGACACAUGCAGGAAGGGAACGUGAAAAAGGUGCCGAUGUAUGAUAAUAGGGGAUUCGAUACAGAAAACGAACCAUCUCUUGUGCACAACCUGAUUGAUCGCGAUGUCUACAUUCGUGAGCUAGAGAGGCUUCGCCCACAUGCUCAAACCCUUCUUACAAUGCUCAACGAGAUACGACACAAACUUCGGGCCAUGGAUAAAUCAGAUCCCAGAGUAUCAACAUACAAGGGAGUAAUUCACCAGCUGUGUCGAGUGUUGGUUUUGGUCCAUCGGAAAGAUCCCGGCGCAAGUAUUCCCUCUGAUUCCCUUGGGCUCAUGGAGUGGGCUCACCAGAUGAUCGAAGACAAACAGAUGGAUGUGGAACCAGCGGAGGAAUCAAUAGAGACGAAUCCAGUACACAAGAUUUCUUACAUCGAAGUUCCCCCUUCUGCCAAUAGCAAUCCUUAUGCAACCCCUGUUAUUAAGAAACCCAACCCAUACGCUACCCUGCACAAGCGCAAUUCCCAGCUUAACGCAUCCAACCUUUCAAAUGGCUCAUUCUACAGUAGCGUUCCAGUGCCUGUUGACUAUGAUGGAGGAAAAUUGCCGGCGGGAAACACCAACAAUCACCUGUCUGUAUCUCAGAACAAUACGAUCAAAUCAACAACCAAAGAAAGCCUUAAAAGACAGUACGAAAUUCCGUGGGACAUAAAAAAGUACAGUGACAGUUUUUCGACUUUGAAUUGUUCGGGGUCGGAUCUUACCAUGGGGUAUUUUGCCAAUGGACGAUUUUACGACCCCUCACCCAGACAGCCUUGCGUAAAUCCAAACCCCGCUCCGGAGAUUUACGCCCCAGCAAGUUCAUACAGUGACCCUAGCAACCCACCCAUUUUUUCCACGUUUACUGGUGGCGUUCCCAGAAAACAAUCCUCAGCUUCAUCCCAUUCCUCAACACUUACAAAUACUGAGCAAAAUCAAUAUGACAAUCAUGGUGUUUUUAGAACACGAGGUGGUACCCCUAUCAACAACACCUUCAAUGCAGCUGUUGGUGCUAUUGAUGAUUAUGAAUAUGAUGAUGAAGAUAGUGACGAAGAUAUACAUCCAGACGGUCUACCAUUUGACAUUACAGAUGCAACGGAGCCUGUUGAAGUUUAGUUUGAAUUGUGAUUUAAUUUGUAUGACCAAACAGUUACCUUCAGUGACAAAUUUGACUCACCAUGUGAUUUUUGGCCCAAAGAAGGUAUCUAGGCGAAAUUGAGUUAUUAUUAUAUACACAAAGCUUAUUUUCCCCCCGACACAUUUUUUUUUAUGAAAUUCCUAUUUUUGAAAUUGAAGUAAUUAAUACUUCUUUUAGUGUCUUUUUUUUUUAUCAAAAUUGAUAUUUUAAUUGACAACAUAUAAGGUCCUGUAAAUGACAACAAAGUAUUGUAAUUGAUAACUUAGAGUUUGAAUUGAAAAACAGCUUAAAACGCUCAAUUAGUAUUUGACAGAUAUCAUGUGAUACCGGCAAUCAUGAAGUUUUAUUUACUAAACAGUUCAGUGGAAGUUCUGAAGACAAUUUUGAAUUAUAUUGUCUUUAAUAAAACAAAUUGUCAUUGUAAUAUAAUUGUGAACAUUUUUUAUAACUACAUAAACUAUAUAACUCCAUGACAAACAUUGUCAAUAUGCUGGCUUUGUCUGAAAUUUGAAACUGAAUAUUCUUUUUAUUUAUUCACAAAUUUAUAAAAAAUCUUGAAUGAUUUUCAUUUUUGUAUAAGUUAAUUGGGUAAAUUUCAUCAUAUUUUUUGUAUGUCAUUUUAUACAUAAAAUACAUAUUGCAUUGUCAUUGCAAGUUCAGUUUUAGAAAGUGAGAUUCGAAAGGCACAUUGGAAUUAUAGCUUUUUAAUCAUUUAUACUGUCACUUCAAAGUAACUUUGUUCAUGAAUUGAAAUUAUGGGCUACAUGUGCACAUAUUAUUAUUUAUGUAUUAAAUUAGAGUUUUUUGAGUCUGCCACUUUUGAGUUUUUCUGAAUAAUUAUAGAAACAUGACAUAAACUGUAAAUGUAUACUCCCCCCAGAACUUUCAGCUGCCAAUGACCCCCCAUCCCCUGCGAUUCAGUAUUUUAAGCAGACAACGCACUUCUAUACGCAGCACCAUUUAUGUAUACAGAGCUUAAUGUAAGCGCAUAACAAACACUUGUGCUUUCUCUAUGCUUAUUAGGAUCAUGUGACUUGUAACCACCUGUUCACAUUAACAAUAUGCAUACAGUCAUGUUUGUGUACCGGUACAUUUACAGGUUAUAUUGUAGGUCGUCUUUUUUCCGUAGAACAUAGGCAAAGUAAUAAUGUAUCUAUACUGAAAUCUUUAAGGCAAGGCCAAUUUUCAUGUUACAGUGUAUCUCCCUUUUCUCAUAAAUUCAUUAAGUUUUGAAAUUUUUGGCAAAUAUUUCUACUGACUUCUGUGGCUGGCGGUUAUUGAGCAAUGUGCGUGCGUCAGUCUUGUAAGCUAUGCCAGUUUCCAGCAUACAUGUUUGUUACAUCUUUUCCAUAGAAGAAGGCAAAGAAUAAUGUACUAAUACCAAAAUCUUUUAAGGCAAAGCAAGGCCAAUUUGCAUGUUACCUCCCUUUGACUAUAAAUUCAUGAAUAAUUGUGCAAUUUUGGGCGAAUAUUUCUACACACUUCUGCUGCAGGUGUUAAGCACUGUGUUUAUGUCAGUAUUGCAAGCUACGCCCUUUGCCAAUUUUCACCAUAUGUGCAGUUGUACAAUGUCUCUGUGUAUAUCAAUGAAAAUAAACAGAUUUUAUGAUAAGUGAUUUUUUGUGUGGAAUUAUAGAGGAUAUUCUUGCCUGCUAUUCUGUCUCCAGUGCUUUUUAGCUAUUAAUAGUUUUGAGCUUAUCGCUACGGACAGUUUUCAUUCUAGGGACUAACAGGGUGGAAUCAUUUGAUUAAAAUUGUGAAUGUUUCUAUAUUUCAACCACUCAUAUAACUUAAUGUCACUUGGUACAUUAUGGCGACAACUCCACAAAUUUUAGUAAUUUGAUUGUGUUAUUUAUUCAAUAGUUUUUAGUCUCGUUUCCGUAUGUUAUACAGCUUAUAAUUGCUUUGAAUACAUGUAUUUAUUUGUCUUAAUUCAUUGUAUUUAGACAGUCACUAUUUUUCUUUUUCAAUUUGAAAUGUAUGGAAAGUGAUAGUGAAACAUUUACUUAACAUGGUUUUGCAAUAUUAAUUCCAAAUAAAGAUUUUAUCAAGUCUAAUACUUGAAAUAGAUUAUUUGAUUUUGAAAAUGACUUGAAAGCAUUUAUUUAUUUCCUGUUUUUCCUGUCAUUUCUUUAUUUUGUGUCAUGAAUUUAUUUAUCAUUUUUAUCCAGGCAUGCUGUUUUAAAUGUAGCAAGAUUUUAUCUGGUAUUUUUAUUUUCGAAAAUUAAGUAAUUGUAAAACAUCUAAUUUGAUCAUUAUGAACCCAUGAAAUUUUUAUAAUAUUAUCUCAAAGAUUUAAGCUGGAGCUGAUUUAAUGUAAAAAAAAAAUUGCCUGGUAUCCUAAAAUUUGAUUCUAGACAGUAAUAAACCAACAGUAAUAAACCAAUCAGACUUGGCCACUAGUCGUUAAAUAGGUUGUUACGUGAAACCAUGUGGUGUUAUUCAUUAAAAGAUACUUUAUUCAUAUUGUCAGCUUUAUGUUUUGUGCAACUGUGCAUUCGGAACUCCUCUGCCAUAUUUAUCGAAACAACCUCGGCUGAUGCGGGUACAUCAGCAGAACUAGCUCUUAAAAAUUUGUAUAAUAUUAUUAAUAAAAUGUACUGUUAUGGCUUGUAUUCGUAGAUCUAAGUAAAAAUUGGCUGCCAGUGAAGUUUAUAAUUGCAAACAUUAUAAGCAUUCCAAAAAAUUGAAAUAACUGCGAUAUUCUUGCAGCGUAGUUUAAGUGUACAGAUAUUUGACAUUACAAACCGUCAAUAUAAUCCUAUAUUUUUUUGAGAAAAAUGGCCGAGGAGUUCAGAAUGGCAAGUGUAAAGUUUACCAUACAAUACAGUAGGAUGAGCAAGACAUUUUGCAUUUAUAAUAAACUUACUUUCAUGUGCUAUGUCAUUUACUAAUGCUGUCUCAUCCUGUUUAUAAUGAAUCAUUUUGAAUUUUCUUUUUAUUUAAUUUUGUUAAAGGAUUACAAAUUGAUCUGAAAUUCUUAUAUAAUUAUAUUAGAUUGAAGUAUCUAUCUCCCUAUGUUUUAGGUUGUGCUUGUUAUUUUGUUUUUUGCUGUGGUAAAGUAGGGGUUUGGAUUCGCAAAGUAUUAUUAACUUUAGUGCCAUUUGUUUUUCUUUUUCUUUUAUAGUAUAUUUUUUCACAUUUAUUUACUCAUUAUUAAGAAAAAAGAAGUUGAGAUUCAAGGUUGCUAGAAGUUUUUUUUAUUAUCCAAUUUAGACUUGAUGAGAAAUCAUCUAUGAUGAGACUCUAAAGUUGGGGCGGUAUUCAUUAAAUAUCUUAAGUCAUUUCCUAACUUAAAUCACUUUCCUAAUUUAAGGAUCUCUUCAAUCAAAUGAAAUAAAGAUUUAAGAAUUUCUACAGUACAUUAUUUUCAUUGACCUUGAACAUACUUAAAUGUUGAAAACAUACAUUAUACAUUUCCUUCAAUUUGACUGAAAAUUGAAGUCAAUUUGAAUUAGGAAUUGAUUUAUGAUGUUUUAUGGAUAUGGCCCCAGGAUUAAUCUAUACCUCAGGUACCUUGAAAUGAAUAUUAAUGGCAAUAGUCUAUUUUUUAGAUAUACAGUCAAACUCUCUUGGCUCAAAUUCCUCGUUGGCUGAACUAAAUGGAAGGUCCCCGGGAUUAGGGGCCAAUUGGGUUUGACUGUACUUUGGUUUUAUAAAAUUAACUCUCAUCAAAAGGACUGUAGAUUGUUUUUAUGUUGAGUGUCUUUUUUCAUGAUUUUUGUUUUUUUUUGCGCCAAUUUCUUUAGCUAGUCUGUUCUUUGAAGAAUUGAAUUUAUUAUAUUUGUUUCUGCAUGUUUGGUAUAAUUUUCAUAUAUAUCUUUGCUUAUUUCUGAGUUUGCAACAUGAUUAAAAUUGCCAAUAUAUAUUUAAUAUGAGCAGUCCCUGACUGCCAUAUCACUCACCAUCCUUCACAUUUAAACGGUCUAUAAGAAUUUGAAAAAAGGGUACGGCUUUUGGAUUUACUCCUAGGAUAGUAAUAAAGAAUGAAAAUGAACUAAUGUUUUAAGUGGGUGGGAAGGUAAAAUACUUAACGUUUAAAAAAUACAUGUUUUAUUUAGUUUUGAGGAACGAUCUUCUUUGGGAGUGAAACAUUUAUACUUGGGGACAUGUUUUGAGUUAGUAAGGAAUUAAAUAAAUUUUACCAAAAAAGAUUUUAAUAGAUUUAGAUAAAAAAGCAUUCACAUUAUUAUGGAAAGGUUUGUUGACAUUAGUACUUCCUUUUUAUGUUAAAAUGCCUAGACCACCUAUUCACAAUGUCUUGAAAUAUCUGGAUGAUAUCUUGUCAAAUAAGAAAGUAAUUCAGAAAAAUAAUGAAAUUUCAUGGACGAAAUUAAUUUCCGGUUUACAAAACUGCAUAUAUCUUUUUUAAAAUAGCUGCAAUCAACGCAAAACCACAAGACAUUGUUGAUUGGGCAGUUCCGAUAAAUUUGACUCACAAAAUUCUUUUUUUGUAUUAAGACAUUUCCAAGAAAAUGUAAAUGCUUUUUGAUUUGAAAUCUGAUAAAAUAUUCUUUCCUAAUUACAGCUUUUCAUGUUGCAUCGGAUAUAUGAAUAAUGCUUGUUAAAUAUUGAACCUCAAAACUAAGUAGAAAAUUUUGAUCCAUCAAUCGACUUUUGCACCACUGCCGACCCUUAACUAGGUUUUCACUUCAGUAAGGGUUGACAUAUCUUUGUAUAUACCGAUAGGAAGAGAUAAUGGACACAUUCAAUGGGAUUGCGUUUGGGGCCCCUUGGGUCAAGGUCACAUAAAAUGUUUAUGGAGACCUUUCAUGGGAUUGGGUUUGGAGGUCAAGGUCACUGUUACUAAAAAUAAUAAAAAACAGUUGAAACUGAAUUACUUUUAUAAGGGUCAACAUGUUUAUAAAGACCUUUCAUGGGAUUGCGUUCGGGGUCACUGGGGUCAAGGUCACUGCUACUAGAAAUAGAAAACGGUUGGAACUGAAUAACAUGUUUAUGGUGACAUUUCAUGGGAUUGCCUUCAGGGUGCCUGGGGUCAAGUUCACUAGAAAAAUGGGAUUACAUAUGGGGCCCCUGUGUUUAAGGUCAACGUCACUGUUAAUACGUCAAUACGUUUAUGGAAACCUUUCAUGGGAUUGGGUCUGGGGGUCAAGGUCAAGGUCACUUAAAAUGUUAAUGGGAACCUUUCAUGGGAUUGCGUCUGGGGGUCAAGGUCACUUAAAAUGUUAAUAGGAACCUUUCAUGGGAUUGUGUUUGGGGGUCAAGGUCACUUAAGGGUCAAUACCUUUAUGGAAAAAUAGAAAUGGUUGAAUUACUUAAGGGUCAAUAUGUUUAUGGAAACCUUUCAUGGGAUUGCAUCUGGGGGUCCCAGGGGUGAAGGUCAAUGUCAAUUAUAUGUUUAUGGAAACCUUUCAUGGGAUUGUGUUUGGGGGUCAAGGUCACUCUUACUAAAAAAAGAAUAAUGGUUGAAUUACUUAAGGGUCAAAAUGUUUAUGGAAACCUUUCAUGAGAUUGUGUUUGGGGGUGCAAGGGGUCAAGGUCACUUAAAAUGUUUAUGGAAACCUUUCAUGGGAUUGUGUUUGGGGUCCAAGGGGUCAAGGUCACUUAAAAUAUAUGAAAACCUUUCAUGGGAUUGCGUCUGGGGGUCCAAGGGGUGAAGGUCAUUUGAAAUGUUUAUGGAAACCUUAUAUGGGAUUACGUUUGGGGGCCCUGAUGAGUUUGAAUAUUGGUGAAUUGGGAUGAAAAACUAGGUCACAUCGCCCAAAAAUAUGUGCAUGUUUUUAUGAAUAUAGAUUGUGAUAUUUCAGUAACCCGUGUUCAAAAUUCAUUGUCUUCAAAUCAUAUGUUCUGCUUCAAAACUAAUUCUGUGCAAUUUCAUCAUCAUCAAUCACCUAUCAUGAAUUGGUUUGAAAUGUGAACCGAAAAUUAACUAUAAUCUUCCUGUUUUCUAAGAGAUUUGUCAUUAUUGCUUGUUAUUUACCAUAGAUGUGCGUGUUCAAACAAUUAUAAUAAUUUAGAUUUUGCAUUUACAUAUUUUAUCAAGUGUCAUUAAAAAAUAAAAUAUUUAUUACA